AGAGGAGCCACAUUCACCUCACAGCACAGAGCUUCUGUCUAUAAUCUGCACAGUCGUCUGCUCAGGACAAGGCAAACAUGGUUUCUCUCAGGGUUUCUUGGAUCUGUGUGCUGUUGUUCAGCAGUGCUUAUUGCUUUCCUAAACCUGAAGACCACACUGCUCCCAGAGGCUUCAGUGGUGAUGCUGCUCCUAGAACAUCCCCUCUUUUUCCAGGCUCACAGGCUGCUCUGAUGGACCAGCAGUAUGGCCAAUCUGCUGGCUAUCAGCAGCCUUCCCAGCAGCCCGGCGCUCCCACUGGAAAUCAGUCCCCAUCCGGUGUGGGAGGUCCCAGUGUGGUCCUAGACACGUCACCAACUUAUGAUCCAAGCAGGUUCCUCGUGAGUUCUGGAUCCAGCUCUAACAAACCCUUCAGUGGUCCUGAAGUUCCUUCCCAGGGUGCCGGGUACGUCAGCCCUCCUCGACCUGCCAACACUGGAAGCUCUUUUGUGAAGCCUCAACCUGCCGGUACCAGUGGACAGUCCAAUGUGGGCUCAGGUGGUGCAGCAUCUGGCCCAGUCUAUGCAGCUCCAGCAUGGGCUCCUGCUGCUCCAGCAUGGGCUGGUUAUGGAGCUUAUGCCAACACAAACACUGGUCCAGCAACUUAUUACACAGCUGACACCUCCAGCUAUGGUUCUUACUACGCUGCUCCUGAAACCUCCAGCUAUGGUUCUUACUACGCUGCUCCUGAAACCUCCAGCUAUGGUUCUGAUUCUGCUCCUGGCCUUCCUUGGGUUGAACAGCCAGUUGAAACCUCAUUCUCCGACCCCAGCAACUGGCUGCCACGAGGUGAUUUCCCAGACUUCAGCGUCUGGGGGUCUAAUGGCAACUCCAAGAUGUCCAAGACCGCUGAGAGUGAGGAGGAGACUUCCCCCAUACCGUCUUCAACCUACAUCAUCCAGUCCGGAAACGGCUACCUGCGAGGACUGGAAUACAGGUCCCACACUAACUACGCCCCAGAGGACCCGGAACCACUAGUGUUUGUCGCUGAGCCCGUCAGAGCACCUCGACCAGCUGCUCCUUCCAAAGGAGGAAAGAAAUAUUGAGGUGAACCUGCUGGUGCUUCAGCUUUUAGGGACUGUUGCAUGUUUGAGUCUCAAUAAAAUGAAAAUAUGAAAACCA